AUGGCUUCAACUAAUCAAGAGCCAGCUCCAGAAUGGAUGUUACCGGAAUUUGAUCCAUCUCUCGUUGAAGUCUCUGAAUUGAAAUCAAUCUUACUACAAAAUCAGAUUUCUCAUUCUUACACUCAAAAAUCAGAUCUCAUUCAGUUAUUUGAAAGGGAGGUCAGACCCUUGAAAGCUGUGCAACCAUCCAGGUCUAGUGAUAAAUUGAAAGAAGAAGAUGAAGCUGAAGAAGGAUUUGAAAUUGAUUAUAUUAUCAAACAAAAGUUUUCACCGGAACUUGGAAAUGAAAAAGAAAUGAAAAGGAAACAAAAAGGAAAAUCAAAAUCAAAAGAACCAGUUUCAAUUAAAUCUGAAGAUUCUUCAUCUGAUGAUCAUGAACCCUUAGCUCUACGUAAAAAAUCAGUCACAAAGAUCAAUUCAAAUCAAAUCAUUAGUACUGCUAGACAAACACGACAAUCAACCAGUUCUCAACGAAAACGACCCAGAAAAUCAAAACCAAAGCCUUCAAAACCCGAAAUUACCUCCAUCAAACAAUCACUAGAAGAUCUCUUACAACAAAAUCCUCAUUAUGAUCCAACCCAAGACCCACUUUUAAAUGCUCAACAAGCCGUCAAUUGGCAAGAAAGUCGAUCAGUUCAUUUCGGAUCAAAAGAAUCAUCAAUUGUCAUCUGGGCUUCAAAAACUAAAAGUUUAGAUGAAUUUGAAAUCUUAUCACUUUGGUAUAUUUUUGAAAAUCAAGGAAUUAAAAGAGUUCAAUUCGGAUCUCCUAGUAAAAAUUUCACUAGUUUGAAAAAUUCCGUUCCUAUUGAAACUGUUAAGGCUCAUCAAGUUGAACGGAUUUUGAUUCAUAGGAAUUUAACAAGUGAGAUUGGGUCUUUGAAAGAGUUGAACAAAUUAGUCAAAUUACAUAAUUAUGUGGCUAUUUUUGAGUUUGGAAACAAUUCAAAUCGAUCUUUAAAUCAUGAAAUCACCAGGAUCCAACCCAUCAUGACCAUGAAUUUAAUACUUGUUCCGAAUUACAACUGUAUCAUGAAGAAUCUCACUCCAACAACUAAUCCAUUCCAAAUCUUUCGAGCUUUACAAAAAGAAAAUCAUCAUUCCCAAUUAUUUUUACAUCCAAUCACGACCAAAUCACUUUGUGAUAAAUACAAAUCCAACAAAUUUAAACCAUCAGAAAAAGAAGCCAUUGAAGAAGUCUUUAAAGAUUUAGAAACCAAUCUUGUUCCAAUCUUCAAAGAAAGUUUGAUCAAUUCAAGUUUUGGAGUCAUGAAGAUUGAGAUUGAAGAUCAAGAAGAUUUCACUGAACUCGAUGAAAUGAAAGGAAUUGUAGACGGAUUGAAUUUACUUAAACAAAUCUCUUAUAAAGAAAUCAGAAGGUUUAUCAUGAUUGUUGAUGAUCAUUCAAGUUGGUUAAAUUGUUUUGAUCAUGCAAAAAUUAAUUUGAUUAGUAGUAUGUUUGAAGUUGAGGUCAUGUCCAUUAGUGAAGCAACCGAACGUUUUGCUUCUUCUUGUGCACUUUUAUGA